UGUGGGUGUGUUUGCAGUUGUCUGCUUUUAAUCUUCGUCCCUUCCGCGUGGUUGUGCUUCUGCUUUCGAAAAUUUAGUUACAAUUCGUUCUUUGGAAGGACCGGACCGGGACGGGCGCGAAAAAAAUUCAGUAUGAUUCGUAGCGACCAAUUAAACCAAGUUAAUUAUUCUAUUUGAUUGAGAGGUGUGCAAAGAUUCAAAGAAGAAUGGAUACCUACAAUGGACCAAGCCGCUCUAUUGUACAGCACAACUUGAACGAUGUCCGACAUCAUACGGAGGCUGCUCCGUUCCAACACAACAACUCCUUCAAGGGACCUGUGUCGAGGCGAUCCGCCACGGACCCUUCUUGGCUGUACACGCUUAUUGGAUUCCUAGUAUGCUGGAUACUAGUGUUCGUAUACGCUCUGAUCGCCGACAACCUGGACGAGUUUGUGGUGCACACGGACUCCCAGGGGUUACGGUGUGGCGUCGACGCCGGGGUUGAGGACAAACCCUACGUGUUCUUCUUCGACUUUAAAAAGUGCGACAAGGAUGACAUAACGCUGCACAGUUGCCGCUCAACACGAAUCUGCGUCGAUCAGUGUCCUAAGGAGAAUUUUGAUUUUGUAUAUUACAAAUGUUUAGCAGGUAAAACAUAUUACCGAAAUGGAUUGAUAUGUAAUCAAACGGUCAAUAAGGACAAGUUAGAGGAUUGUGGUAACAUGAAGUGGUACAUCGAGAACGAUCUCUGUGCAGAGGAAUACUUCAAGAGUGCUCUGUUCUCAAAGAUUUGUUGGCCUACAUCGAAAAAGGAUAUGCCGGAAAACUUUGCUGAAGUCAUUCAAGUUCUAUCUGAGACUGAUAAUUUAUUCUUUGACGACGUUCGACAAUCGUGGCUUCUUGUAUUAGGCGUUUUGGUGCUUUCAUUGCUAGCAACAGUGUUGUUCAUUUUGAUGCUACGCUGGAUCGCGAAACCCAUGAUUUGGAUAACCAUUGCCAGUAUAUUCGCUGUGUUGAUCUUCGUCAUCUACUACAGUUACAAUCAGUAUGACACCAUAAAAAAUCGCGUUAUCAUACACCCGGAAGUUGAUCGGCUCCUGGAUUCACUCUUCAAAAUGAAUAAUAUCAAUAUCCGAACUCACAUGGAUGGAUCCGCAUCGGAAUAUUACUGGCUUACGGCAAUGAUAAUUCUAUUGAUCGUGUUGGUUGUCCUAUUGCUAUUGAUUUGGGCCAUGCGCAAACGUGUCUUGCUCGCGAUCGCACUCGUCAAGGAGGGUAGCAAAGCUGUCAGAGCAAUUUUCUCGACGGUAUUCUUUCCUAUCUUCCCUUGGAUUGUUCAAAUUCUAGUGAUCACAUUCGCGAUCACCGUUGGUCUCCAGCUAGCUUCAAUCGGUGCACCCGUGUUCCGGGUUAAGGGUUUGAACGCAACACAAUCGUGUAAAUGCGACAAUGGAUACAGCGACGGGGACAUCUGCAGUCCGGCCACGUUCCGUGAAAGCUGUAAGAGAACAGGUGAUAGAAUCUGUACCGGUGAGGCUGCCUGCCAUUUCGAGCAGAUUGAGACACCUUUAAUUGUCUGGUUCUUUCAUGCCUUCAACGUGGUCGGACUCUUUUGGGGAGUCAGCUUCGCAUCCGCCUUCGGUGAGAUGGUUCUGGCGUUCACCUUCGCCACCUGGUACUGGACAACCCCAAAGAAAAAUCUGCAGUACUUUGUUCUCAAAGAAGGAUUCCUCCAAACCGUCCGCUACCAUCUGGGAACGCUCGCUUUCGGAUCGUUCAUCAUCGCCAUGACCAAGAUCAUCCGAAAAGUGCUGGAGUUUAUGGAUCGCCAGCUGCGCAAGUACGACUUCGGAGUGAUCCGGGCGAUCGUGUGCGCGUGCAGGUUUUGUUUUGAAGUGUUGGAAAAGUUCUUAAAAUUCCUCAAUCGGAAUGCGUACAUCAUGUGCGCCCUCCACGGCAAAGACUUUUGGUCCAGUUCGAAGGACGCGUUCAACCUGCUAUCCAGAAACGUUCUGCGGGUGAUCACCGUUAACGGUGUCACUGGAUUUUUGUUCUUCUUAUCUAAAUUAGUUCUGGCAAGCAGCAUGGCAGCGUUGACUUACACCUGUUUCCAUACCGAGACCACCAAACAGCUCAACUAUCCAGCCACUCCAGCAAUUUUGGUAUUCUUCGGAACUUACGUCAUCGCGAAUGUGUUCUUCAGCGUUUACUCCGUGGCGAUUGACACGCUGUGUCUGUGUUUCUUGGAAGAUUGUGAACGCAACGAUGGCUCCAAGGAAAGGCCCUACCAUAUGUCCAAUAGUUUGAUGAAGAUUUUGAACAACACGCAAGGAGUUAAUAACAUACGCUAGUUUAAGCAUUUAUAUUUUACCAUUUGAUAAUUAUAAAACUUCAUUUAGGGGAACUAUACCCUU